AUCACAGAGCUGCAGAAACUGAACAAUGUAUAGGAAGAUAAAAGUUGCCAUUAUCGGCUCAGGAGCAAGUGGCCUUGUUGCGAUAAAGACUUGUUUGGAUGAAGGAAUAAAUCCAGUCUGUUUUGAAAUGCAGGAUGAAAUUGGAGGAAUGUGGAAUUAUGUUCCUGAUAAAUAUGAAGCAGGCAUGGUAUACAAAUCAACUGUAAUUAAUACAAGCAAGGAAAUGAUGUGUUUCUCAGAUUUUCCUAUACCAAAUAACUUUCCAAACUACAUGCAUAAUACUAAAGUGCAGGAAUAUUUUAGAAUGUAUGAGGAAAAGUUCCAAUUGCGUCAACACAUACAAUUCCACACGAAAGUGUUAUCAUGUACUAAAGCAGACGGAUUUGCGAAGAAUGGUCAAUGGAAAGUACACACCAAAAAUGUUAAAACCGGUGACGAAAAAAGUGAAUAUUAUGAUGGUAUUAUGGUCUGUGUUGGACAUCAUGCAAUUCCACAUUAUCCACUGCACGAUUUCCCAGGCAUUGAAAAGUUCAAAGGCAAAUAUAUGCAUAGCCAUGAUUAUCGUGAUCAUAAAGGAUAUGAAGAUUUGAGAGUUGUUAUCAUUGGAAUUGGAAAUUCUGGUGGAGAUAUUGCUGUAGAACUGAGCAGACAUUCCAAGCAGGUAUUUUUGAGCACAAGAAGAGGAGCUUGGAUAAUAAAACGUAUAUUUGAAAAUGGAAUGCCAUUGGAUAUUAUCAUGACCAAAAAAGUAAACGGAGAUAUUCGGAAAAUAUUGCCGCAGAGUGUUUUGGAUUCAUUAGCAAGGAAAACUGUAGAUAGCAGACUUGAUCAUGAAAAAUAUGGUCUAAUGCCAAAGCAUGAAGUUUUUGCUCAGCAUCCCAGUGUUAAUGAUGAUAUUGCAAAUCGAAUUAUCACUGGAAGUGUACAAGUACGAUCGAAUGUUGCCAGAUUCACAGAAGACAGUGCAGUGUUUGAUGAUGGAACUGAAGAAAAAAUUGAUGCUGUUAUUUUUGCCACAGGCUAUUCAAUGGCAUACCCUUUUCUGGACGAUUCAGUAUUAAAGGUUGAAGAAAAUCAAUGUGAUUUAUAUGAGUACAUUUUUCCUGUAACAUUGGAGAAGAAUACGUUAGCUAUUAUUGGUGGUAUCCAACCCCUUGGUGCUGUGAAUCCUAUUUCUGAACUGCAAUGUCGAUGGGCAACCAAAGUUAUAAAAGGUGAAGUCAUGUUGCCAAGUAAAGAAGAAAUGAAACGGGAUAUUCAUGAAAAACGAGAGGAAAUGGCAAAAAGAUAUGUGAAAAGUAGAAGACAUACUGUCCAGGUCAAUUAUCAAGAAUACAUGGAUGAACUUGCUGAGAAAAUAUCAUGCAAACCAAAAUACUACAAGUAUUUUCUUACAGAUCCUAAAUUGGCAAUGAAGGUCUACUUCGGUCCAGCUGUACCUUACAUAUACCGACUGGAAGGCCCAGGAAAAUGGCCUGAUGCAAAAAAAACAAUCAUGACUGUGCAAGAAAGAGUUAUCUGCCCGUUGAUGACAAGGAAGACAGAGCCUAUUAAAAAAUCCCGAAGCCUUGGCGGUGUGAUUUUAAGUGCCCUGUUUGUAGUUUUUGUCGCUUGGAUUCUAGGUGUUAUUUGAAGAUAUAUUUUGUUGGAUUGAAGCUUUGUAUCGUACUACGGUUCAUUUUACACUAAAAGUCAAAAAUUUUUACUUGCUUCAAUAAGAUUGUUUUUGUAAUGGUAAACAAAUAGAUCUAUUCACUGUUUUAAAAAACUGUUAUUUCUGCAAAAAAUCCUUUUUUAAUUACUGGGAUAAUAGCUAUCAAAUUUAUAACAAUUAAUAGUAUAUCUACAUCCAAGAAGACUGUUACUUUUGGUUGUUCGGUAAUUUCCUUUGUUGUUUUUUGGUACCCAUUGUUUUACCCUAAAUUUAGUUUAUUUCUAUGAAACACUGCACGCUCGCCUCAAUUUUCUGUUUAUAUAUUUCGGUGAUCGAGGGAUGCGUCGCAUCACGAUACAGGUACGCCUUUGUGAUUGAGCAUUGCACCCUUUUUAUAUCUAAUUUUUGCUAUUCUUUUUUGUUAAUUUCUCUAUCCAAUCUUCUUUAAUUUAUGCAAUGCAGUAUCAGUAUGCUAAUGAAUGGUUUUCUUAUCUCGUCUCUUCUUUGCUUCUUGGGGUAAUGUGCUAUUCUACUCUCUUAUCUUUGUAUAGAAGAUAGUAAAAUUGUAUAAAAAUAUUUGUCAAUUGAGUUGAUUUUAAAUGUUUUUUAAUUCCCAUCCAAUGCAAUUGUUUUUAUUAAUUCAUACACUGUUCCAAUUCAAUUAUAUUAUUUUCAAUACAUUUUUAAUUAAAAUCGAUAUAUGUUUGUUUAAUAAACAAAGUUCUUCAUGUGCUUAGUAACCAUUUGGUACUUUGCUGUUGCAAUAAUUAAAAUUAAAUAUAUGAACCAAA